UCUUGCUGGAGAGUGUCUCAGGAAAGCAGUUUGGACUCAGCGGAGAGAAACCUACUGAGCGGACGACAUGUACAGUGUCCGAGGGAUUUUCCUCACUCUGUGUUUGGCUCCAGCUGCGUUCUCAAGUCUGCAUCCUGAAUGUGAAUACAUUUUUCAGCUGGAGAAAGAAGAGCGUCACUGCCUUCAGUACAUUGCAGAACAGGAGAACAGAAGCACAGAAGGUUGUUGGCCCUUCUGGGAUGCGGUCACCUGCUGGCCUCAUGCAGUUGUUGGGGAGACUGUGCACAGAGCUUGUCCUGCAGUCUUCUCCCUCUUCAGAAAUAGCACAGGGUCAGUGAGCCGAAACUGUACAAGUGGAGGUUGGUCGAGGCCGUUCCCACCAUACCAUGUUGCCUGCAAUGUGGAUGAUGACAUCCCCGAGAUGGAGGAGUCUUACUUUGCCUCAGUGAAGCUCAUAUACACCAUUGGCUACAGCAUCUCUCUAGUGGUGUUGGCUGUUGCUGUGUUGAUCCUGCUACUCUUCAGGAAACUGCGUUGUGCCAGGAACUUUAUUCACAUCCAGCUCUUUCUUACGUUCAUCCUGAAAGCUGUGGCGGUGUUUAUAAAGGAUGCUUCUCUGUUCUCAAGCGACGACACCAACCACUGCACCCUUUCCACAUUUGCCUGUAAAGCCUCUGUGGUCUUCUGUCACUACUGUGUAAUGGCAAACUUUUUUUGGCUCCUGGUGGAGGCACUUUACCUCAGUUCCCUGCUGCUCUCCUCUUUCUAUCAUAGCCGCCGAUGUCUGUGGGGCUUCAGCUUGCUGGGAUGGGGUGUGCCGGUGCUCUUCAUAGUCCUGUGGAUUGGAUCCAGGGUGUAUUUUGAGGACACAGAAUGUUGGGACAUCAAUGAGGACUCACCCUAUUGGUGGAUCAUCAAGGGGCCGAUUGUUGUCUCUAUAGCGGUCAAUUUUAUGCUCUUCAUGAAUAUCAUCAGAAUUCUAAUACAAAAGCUCAAUCCACGUCUGAUCCAGUUCAAUAACUCCUCUCAGUACAGGCGCCUGACUAAAUCCACCCUCCUCCUCAUCCCUUUGUUUGGAACUCACUACAUGUUCUUCAAUUUUCUGCCCGACUACUUCAAUAUUAACCUGCGCCUUUGUAUCGAGCUCUGUAUGGGGUCCUUCCAGGGGCUUCUUGUGGCCAUUCUGUAUUGCUUUCUAAAUCAAGAGGUCCAGAAAGAGGUCCACAUGCAGUGGUUGAGGUGGCAGGAAAGGAGUUACGGGGUAGUGUCUCCCGCUCCGAAAGGCAGUCAGAUGGACACGCCUUUCUAGAAGCCCGAGAUGCUUUUUGCUCCUUCCUGCAGAACCUUUGCUGAGUAUUUGCAGAGAAUUGCUUCUGUGCACAUCAUAAUUUCUAACGAGCUGUACGUAGCACACACAAUAAAAAGAGGUUGUCGAACAUGCAUCAGUGAAGCCGGGGCCUGGAAGUCAUUUCAAGCUGAUUCACUGACUGUUCUCCUUCAGUCAGAUUGAAUGAACUGGGGUGAACUAUCAAAAGGAGAAUAAUUCUGAAAUCCCUUGACAUUUUACACAUCCUACAAGCGAGCCUGUCAGUUUCCAUCUGCAUUUCCCAAAGGGCACUAUGACAACUGAAUUAGAAUUUGAAACAUCCCUGGAGG